AACUGUCUUCCAGUAGAACUGGAAGUUGUUCAUGUCAAAAAUAAAACACUGAAUUCCAAGAAUCAAAGUUUCCAAGCAACCAAGCUCUGCAAACAAAGCUAUUGUACAUGGUAUUUACAUCUUUGUUGCCUGGGAAUCCUCUUGCUGCUCUAUGCCUCACCUCAAACACUUGCUAUGCAGCUGCAGAUGGCUUGCAGUUUAGGAAGAGUAAAGUCACAAACACGUAAGCAGCGUGUUAUAAUUCUUGACUGGUUGAGGUGACAAUGAGUAAUCGAGAGGUGGUUGUUCUGAGUGUGGGAGGGGUGAUAUUUGUAACCUGGGCUUCUACUUUGCAGCAGUUCCCCGAGUCCAGGUUAGCACGGAUGUUGAACGAUGAAGACCGUGAAUUUAAACAGGUGAAUGGGGAGUUUUUUGUGGACAGAGAUGGAAAUUUGUUUACUUACAUCUUGGACUUCUUGAGGACUCUUCAGGUCUCUUUACCCACUGAUUUUUCAGACUAUCAGAGGCUGCAAAGAGAAGCAGAAUUCUAUGAGCUCUACUCUCUGGCUGACCUCCUGAGCCAGGAACACUUGCUGAAGCCGAGGCUGGAGAUCUUGGAAGUGCGUUUUCUUCUCCAGGAAAUGCAAGCCUUUUUCCGGAUCUUUGGUUCCUGCAGUGGCACUGUGGAGGCUCUUGCUGAACAGAUCACUGUGUUUACAAGCCAGCAGUCAGGACAGAGCUGGAAUAGCCCUUUUCCUUCUCAGAAGCCACUCAUUCCGCUUCCUUUGGAAAGACCUUCUCAUCAUGAUAUGGUUUUUCAGUGUGGUACUGACUACUCUGCUGGUGACCAGUUUGUGGCCAGGUAUGUUUCCAUAAAGCCUGAUGAUAGAAAGCUGAUUAAUGGUACUAAUGUGCUAGGCCUGCUGGUUGACACUUUACUAAAAGAUGGAUUUCGCCUCAUAAGCACCAGAACAGUCUCCAGUGAAGAAAAAGUUGAAUGCUACAGUUUUGAAAGGAGGAGGCGGCCAGCAGGCCUUACCAUCACUGUGAACCAAAGCCCAGGGAGUUCUGGGAUGGCACAGGCAAAGAGGAGUCAAAUGCAUAAAGGGAAAUAAAGCUUCUUCCUUUAAUCUUUGAAGGUGAAGAGGGUUAUGCCAACACUACUAACCUAUUUUUUGUUUGUUUGUUUGAAACUGCAGUUAUGGAGGGAAACAAACUAUCUUCUAUGUAUUCAGAGGAAAAAAAAAAAAAACCCAAACUUUUCCUGCCUUUUGCUGCUCCACCCUCUUCAAUUCUAAAUGGAAGAGCCACAAAUGCAAUAUUGUGUUUGUGGACCGGAUUCUGGUAUUUUGAAGGGUGGUUUUUAUUUUUUGUCUGUGGCUAAAAUUUAUAUUAAGACUCUCCAAAGAAGAACCAUGUUAGAGUAAUGACAUUCCUUCCAGAAAAUCAUUUUUGUGUUCUCUGCUAAUAUGUAAUUAGACUUUAAAUAUGAUAACAUCAGGAGAAGUAAGUACACAACUCUCUCAUCCUGACAGUUUGAAGAAGUGAUUGGAGGAGGAAUGCAAAUCUGGAUGGUUGCAUAUUGUUUCUACUUGUGAAAGAAUACAUACACAGACAAUUGUCUUGCAAAUAGUUGCAAGUAAUAUAACAGAAACAUCACAAGUUGUAUUGCUCUGUGACUUGUGACAUGAGAAAGUGGCUUUGGGAAGCCACCAUUGGUGUUCAUGAAAUAAUCUAUUAUGAUCCCUUGCAGAAUACCUUCCUCCCCUCCAAAGGCAUUAAGCUACUCUUCAGUACUGAGAAUUCAAUGAUAAAAGGGUAUUUUAAAAAAAUACUUGCUAACGAAUAAAAUACUUGCUAAUGAAUGCUCUGUUAAUUUUUAGAACCUUAACUAUAAAAAGAAUGAAAACAUGAUAAACAGUCCUUCAGUUGGAAGACUUAGUACAAAGAAUUUUUUAAUGCUUGUAAAGUGGAAGGCAUAUUUAGGAGGAAGUCAAGGCAGAAGUGGCUUUAAAAGUCUUAGCAAUGUUAUCCCUGAACAAUGCUGUGUAGACACCAAAAUAGCUCGGGUGCCAGAAGAGGUAAGUUAAUGAAGCUUUAUCAAUUAAGAAUCUUUCUUCCUCCCUUCUAGGCAAGGAAGGAAGGUAGUGAUAACCUCAAGGAUUUAUUACUUGGGUUUUUUCUUGAUAAAUACUGAUUUUUUUUUUCCAGUUGCAAGCAGAUGAGUACAGCUUCUUUGGACUUUCUUGGCCAACUAAUUAGAUCUAGUAUUUAGUUAGCUUUAAAGUUUGACUUUAUUACUUUGUUUGCGUUACUUAAAAAUGGAUGAGGGUGGUGGGAAUCACUCUUCUGUUUUUGCCCUGAGAAUUUCCAGUGACUUUCUGCAGACCAGACUGCUAGUGCCACUAUCAGGCUCCUAUUUUCUCUUACUGCCAGUGUAAUGCACUUUACCUUGACCAGAUUCAGAAGUUAACCAGCAACGAUUGGGUUCUCUGCUUCUAGAGCUUUCUGGGUUAAGGAUAAUGUGAUUAUGGGACUACAUCUGCUAAGGUGCUUGCAGGUUAUAUAAUGUAGGAAAUAUUGUGGAAUGUAAGCAUGGAUGCUUUUAAGUUCAAACAGGAUUUUUUUUGUCAAUAAUGUCAAUAUGUUAAUAGCUUGAGUGUGGGCCUUUUGUUAGACUUUGGCUUAUUUUCUUUAAUUUGUCUUAGCAACAGUUGUAUUAAUGCACUGGUUGGUCUGGACUAAACACAGCUCACUUGUUUCCAGGCUGUAAGAUAGCUUUGGUAUCUGUGCAGCAUUACAUUCUCUGUAAUGCAUUCAACAUAUCUUUACCCAGAACAGCAAGGAAUCAUGACUCGUCUCUUCCAAAAAUUAGAGUGGCUGUAGGGCUGCUUUCACGUUGCACUGACUUGUCCUGAAAUCCCGAGUCCACUACAGGUGCCGACUGGACCAUUCUACCCUGUGAUGAACGUUUGUCCAUAUCAAAAUGAAUAUGAUGGUGGACUCUGUGCUGGGGCUGCUGAUGGCAGCUUUAGGGUGAUGCAGCAGACCAGCUGUGUGACACAAGCGUCGCAACACAUUGCUCUGUUACAAAGACAACACUACCUGUUUGCUAAGCAAUCAGCUCAUUUUGAAGUACAUUUACUGACUUGCCAAAAAAGUUCCCAUUCCUCAAAUCUAAAUAAAACCGAGACCAAUAAUUGUGAGUAUUGAAUGAAUCAGUGGCUUUGGUAUUUUUAGAAAAGAGACUAACCAACAAUGGCGAGAAACACAAGAUGAAAGUGAAAACUUUUCUGGGAAGGAGGAAAGAAAAUGGACUUGAGCCUGUAUUUAAAUGUUAUGAUUUAAAUGAUCACUGACAGCAGCAUAAACCAGCUUCAUAACCCUUUGUAAUAGCAAAUGUUGUUUCACUCACUGCAGAAGUAGUGGGUUUAUUUUAAUUGCUGUAGCAGUCACUUUGAAAAUUCAAUUUGAGAUUUUUUUUUUAAUAAGGUGGAUGAAAAAAAUCAAAUAUUUGCACUUAGCCCCCCCCCACCUCUGAGUUUCAAUCUAUGUCUUAACUCAUGUUUCAUGGUGCAAAAUGAAUAUUUAGUACAACUAUUUUACUAAGCCAGCUUAUGAUGCACUAGUGAUCAGCUGUUUCUGGUUCCUCUCAUGGGUUCAUUUUUAUUCAUCACAAACAUCAUCCUAUGAACUUAAUAUGUUGGUUGUGGGAAAAUACACCAGUGUAAGUUCCUGUCCUGUAAAGAAGUGUACAUGCUCUGCCUUGAUGUUGCGUGUGAGUACUGUGAGACUGCGUAUUCUGAAAAUGAAGCACAUGAUGAUUGUUGCUAGGGCUGGCUUCCCAAGUCUUUCUAUUAUUUACUUUUACCUAGCAAUGAACUGCAAGUUUUACCUUCUGUCACUUAGGCACCUGCAGGAAACAUGACUAAACUGUUACAAAAUGCUUUUGUUUUUCCAACUAACAGUUGCUGAGGUAAGCUUGAGAGCAUGUGUGUCAAUAACCUGAUGGUUUCUGUCCUGCAGAAACUUAUCAAUAGACUUAAAUGAAGACAAUUUUGUAUUAAGCUGAUUCCUCAAAGGAACGUGCCUUCCCGAAUUUCUUUGCACAGACAGUGAAAACAGCAGUAAUAGAGCUGCGCAUGUUUUAGCACAGGAAUAGCUUUAAGCUGUAAGUUGAUGGCAGUAGUCACUGAGAUGGAGGUGAAAGUGCGUUUAUUUGCUAACAAAUGAAUAUAAAAAUAGCACCAGCUAACAAAGAGGAUCUGCAGUUAGGCUGGUUAGCUACGGCCCUCCACCUUGCAAGAUUUUUUCCAUCAGUGUAAAGUGUUGCUGCAUCAGGGUGACAAUGUUUCUAUGCCCUCUUUGGAGUGGUAUGCAGCAUCUGCCGGCAUUGAGCCAGUUGUUUAGAAGUAGUUGCCAAUGUUAUUACUAUGUCUUCCCUUUGGAGGUCCCAAACAGGCAAUGAGGUAGCAGAGAGCAGGCCCUGCCGUGUAUCACCAACAGGGCAGCUCACACCGGCGCAGUCCCACAGCCGAUACGGCUGUACAAGUAGAAGUGAAUUUGGCCGAUGGAAAGAUUUAUGAAUACUGCUGCCUAUGAAAGGAGGAAACCAGAUUAGCUCUGAGCCCGGGUGAUUUUAAAAGCCUUCAGGUCAGAGACAGAGUAUGUGUUAAGCUAAGCACUUUCUCACAGAAAUCUUGGCAAGUGAGUAAGCAGAUGCAUAUUGCUGGUGACUUGGUGAUGCUUUUGCAUAGGAGAGAACUAGGAACUUUGAUCUCUCACCCCUUUUUCUAUCGUUAUUUUUGGUUAAAUGGGAAUGGGCUUUUGAAACAUUUGGACUCUUUUCUCCAAUUAAAUUGAAAUUUAUGAUCA